CAAUUUCAGUAUCUUUGUUAAUAUAAACAAAUAGCUACAAUGCAACAAUUUACACGCAAGGAAAACUUUUUAAUAGCCAACACUCUCAAUUGCGUACCAUUUCUACUGCAAGGACAAUCAGUGCUUAUAGAUUUGCGAAAUGAUUGUUCAGUUGCUGGCUGCAUUGAUAUUGCUGAUGGCCACAUGAACGUCCAUUUGACCAAUGCAGUUUUCAUCAAUCGUCUUGGACAGCAUGUACCAUUUGAACAGUUUAUGGUACGUGAACGUAUGAUAAGGCAAAUACAUAUACCUCCAAGCAUUGACAUGGCCAGUAUGAUUCGAGAAUGGUGUAAUCGAGGCUGUUCCAAAAGACCUCCACGCCAAUUUCAAAAGAAAGGCGGUAAACGCACAUUUAAACAGAAACGAGCACAGGAGAGGCAUAAAGAAAUUCUUGAGGAAAUGGAAAAGAAGCGCACCGAGGAAGCACAACCGUUUUGAUUAAGAACCGUUUUAACACUGAAACAUCUCAGCAUCCAACUCAGAUACCACAAGCUGAUCGACCGUCUUAAAAUAAUCCAAGAAAAUUCCUUUUAGUAACGAAAAUGGAUAUAAGCUCAAAAUCAAUAGUAAAAGAAACUGCGACGUUAUUUAGAAGUUGAUAGAAAUCUCUUACUAAUCUUAAAUAAUAAUAGUAGCAACUUAAAAAAAAUAAUAAAUAGAAAAAAACAACAAAAUCAACAAAUUUCCCAAAAAACA